GACUAUUCAUCUUGCACAAGACCAAAGCACCCAACACAUCAACAUCAACAGUACAAAGACCACCAAGGCAUCCCGCUCGCUCCUCUGACCAGUCAAAUCAGUCAAGAUGCUUCUCGAAGAAGAUCCAGCAACGCUCAUCCACCACACAAUCCAAAACUUCAACAUCGGCCCAGACAAGAUCGCCGUAGCCCGCAUAAACGACUCCCUCUCGACCCUGCAGCAGGCGCGCGACCUGCAGCGGCAGGAGGCCGACGCGGCCCUCAAGAAGCUCGCGCGCCAGCUCUCGACCCUGCAGGCCCAGCACGCGGAGCUCGUCUCGGCGCACUCCCCCGCCGAGCACGCGUCCGAGAUCUCGCGGCUGGACACGCAAAAGUUCCGCACGGCCAAGGCCGCCUCCGACCUCGAGAUGGAGACGGAGCGCCUGGCGGGGCAGCUGGCGGACCUGGGCGCGCGCCUGCAGGAGCUGGAGCUGCAGGGGGUCGAGGGCGGGCCGGGCUCCGAGCGCGACGCCGUCGAGGACGAGGUCCUGCUGCGCCUGAGGGUGUACCGCAGCCUCGGCAUCGACGUCGAGCGGGACGAGCGGGACGGCGAGUUCACGCGCGCCGUGGUGCGCAACGACCGCAAGGGGGACGUGCACGUUGUCAACCUCGACAAGAAGUUUUCGAGGUUCUUUUAUGCCAAUUACUUCUGGCAGACCUUGUGAGGAGGGGCCCGCGCUUGGGUGCGCUUGGGGGCUGAGAAGAAAUCCUACCACGGGGAUCAGAAGGGUGUUGACGGCAAUCCGGCUCUGCCACCUCUGCCGCCGCCUUCGGGCUUCGUGAUCAAAAGGAUUUCGACGAGAGCGAGACCAAUGUUGGACGAGGGAGUCUGAGGAAACGAGAUGGGAUAUGACUGCCUUGACGGGCGGUCAUUGUUGAAUGUCAUUGAGGAGAUGCUUUUUGAUUGGCUCCAGGUUGGUUAUCGUGUUUAUGAUCAGGUUCGGCGUUCUGGAUGGGUUGGUGACUACCACCUUGGCUGGAUUUAUAUUUAUCCUUUUGUUGACGGGGUGUGGAGAAUUCUCAAGAGUACGUCGAGAACAACAUAUCAAGGCGUUGUUCGAUCAUGAUACCACAUAAAGCGUCCCCACGCUUGUCUGAAAUUGAAACGCUAUUCCCAGAGGGAUAUGUCCUGCACCAAACUUGUUUACAAUGCGUCAUGUGUCCCCCAAAUACCGUCCGGGCAAUGACAUGACCAUGUCCAUGCCACCCAUUACCUCCCAAUCCGAUGCCUCCCAAUCCGAUGCCUCCCAAUCCGAUGCCUCACGAUGCCUUCCUAAUGCCUUCCAUUCCCUUUUCCCGAACGCCGGAGGUUUUGCACGCUUGAGGUUUUGGAAAAUACCAGAUAGACGGAGAUGAAAGAACCCUUGCCCCCAAGUUCCCAGCUGACAAGAACUCAGUUUUAGCCCCUGGGCAGCCGUGAAAAAUACCCAUCGCCCUCGGCCACCGUCGUCAGGGGGGGAGGCAUCGUGUUCGUAGGCGUCCUCACCCGCGAACUAUUCGGCGACAUGACAACGGGACCAUUGGUGAUCUUGGUACCACCGACACCCCCAUCCUUAUCCUUCUUGGCCCCACCCCUCUUGCCGCCCUUGUCAGGCGACCUCUCCUGCGACCUCGCCGUGGUGGGGCUCUUCAUGACCAGGAAGUCGUUGCCCCCGCCGGGGGUAGUGGCGCCGCCGCCCGAGGGCGACCGCUGGUGGUGCUUCCGCUGGUAGUCGAGCGGCAGCUCGAGGCGGGAGUUGAUGUGCGUCCAGGCGUCGUCGUCGUCGUCCGGGUUCCGCCCGCCCAGGCGCCAGCCGCCGACCCCUUCGAAGUCGCGGUCCAUGCCGACGGACGGCGCCAUCAUCAUGAACGAGUUGCGCUUGCUCCCGGCGGCGGCGGCGCCGAGGAGGCCGUUCGGGUGGUCGUCGACGGGGGUGAUGGACCCGACCGAGUGCAGGCUGGCGCCGCUGGUCCGCCGCCUGCGGUGGUGGCGCGCGGCCUGCCUGCUCGUCGGGGGCGAGAUGGUGCCGCUGCCCGUGGGGGACGGCGGCAUGUUGGACGAGGCCUCGGUGGUCGAGAGGAGGGUGCUGGCGUAGCCCCUUGGGAAGGGGUAGACGCGGCGGCCGGUGAGGUACUGCGGUACCAUGUUGACUGCUAUGUCGACAUAUACGACUGCCACGCGGAACAUCAGGACGGAGAAGGCGAGUGUGGUUGUGAUGCCGGCGAAGACGGCCAGGGGGAUGGUGAAGACAAAGAGGAAGGGCACUAUGAGUGCGUAGACGGGGUUGAUGAUGGCCAUUGUGAUCGUGGGCGGGCUCGCGGCUCGUGGAGGGCGCGUGGCUUGCGGUUGUGUGGGCUAGAUUAGAUAUGUUGUUGUUUCACAUGGCGGGAAGAAUGGCGCUGGAGCUCGUGUCUGCGGCUCUGGUGGUGGAUGGCGUUGUUUGUUUGUGGGAUGUCUGAUUCUGUGGCCCUGGCUAAAGGGGGACGAUGCCGUCUAGUAGUAGUGCGAAGGCAUGGGGGCAAAGAGGUAGCAGAUCAGUGUCAAGUCUUGACACCCUUCGUGGUGCCCGUCUUGGACCGAGAGGAGGGACGACACAGGAGGGGAGCUAGAUAAGAGAGGGUAGGGCCAGUAAGGGUAGCGUCGAGGUCUGAGCACGGGAGGCAGGGUUCCCCAGGAUCUGACAGUCAAUCAGGGUAGGUAGCUGGGGGAGAUGGCGUCGCACUGACACGGGCUUGCAAACAUGUGAAAGCCAGCGGAAGACCCCACCACCUGGGCCGAGUGUUCCAAUUGGCUGGCUCGGGCCUGGCGG